AUGGACGCGCAGAAGAUAGCAGAGCUCAAGGCCUUCGUGCAGCUCUGCCAGAAAACCCCCGCCAUUCUCGCCGACCCGAAGCUCGAGUUCUUUCGUGAUUAUCUCGAAAGUCUGAAUGCGGAGGUGCCAGGGGAGGCGUACGGCCUGAAGACUGGCGCCGCACCCAAGGCGGAGGAGAAGGCGGAACCAAGCAAGAUGGAAUCCGAGGCGAGCAAGGUGGAGGAGCCAGAGGAGGAGGAAGAAGAGGAGGAAGAGGAGCCUGAAAUCGUGGAAUCUGACGUGGAGAUAGACGAGGAGGGCGUGGUGGAGGGGGACAGCGACCCCCCGCAGCAGAUGGGCGAUGCGAGCAAGGAGGUGGGCGAGGAGCAGAGGGACGCCGCUCAGGCCGCCAAGGCCCAGGCCAUGGAGGCCCUGGCUGAAGACAACCUAGAGGCGGCAGUGGCGCAUCUCACAGAGGCCAUUCUCAACAACCCCACCUCUGCGCUGCUGUACGGCAACCGAGCUGGGGUGUUUGUGCGCAUGAAGAAGCCCAAUGCUGCCAUUCGGGACUGUGAUGAGGCUCUCAAGCUCAACCCUGAUUCCGCCCGCGCCUACAAGUCCCGGGGAGAGGCCAAGGCCCUGCUCGGCCAGUGGGAGGCGGCAGCAGCUGACCUGCGCCUGGCCUCCCGCCUGGACUAUGACGAGGAGGUGAACUCGUUCCUGAAGCUCGUGGAGCCCAAGGCACACCGCCUGGAGGAGCACCGGCGCAAGUACGACCGGCUGCGGAAGGAGCGCGAGGAGCGCGUGGCGGCCAAGGAGAGGCAGCGGCGCAGGAAGGCGGCGCAGAAGGCGUAUGAGGAGGAGAAGAGGAGAGAGGAGGAGCGGCACAAGGCGUCCAGAGGGGCUGGGGGCGGUGGGGGGUUCCCUGGGGGUUUCCCAGCGGGAAUGGGGGGUAUGCCCGGGGGGUUCCCUGGAGGAAUGGGGGGUAUGCCGGGGGGUUUCCCAGGGGGGAUGCCAGCAGGGAUGGGGGGCAUGGGGGGGAUGGGAGGGAUGCCUGGGAUGGGCGGUGGUGCGGGUGGCGGCAUGCCGGACAUGAGCCAGAUGCUGAAUGACCCUGAGCUGCUCAUGGCGCUUCAAAACCCCGCAGUUAUGGCAGCUAUGCAGGAUGUCAUGAAGAACCCGGCCAAUCUGCUCAAGUAUCAGAAUGACCCCACAGUGGGGCCAGUGCUAAUGAAGCUCAUGUCGAAGUUUGGUGGCGGCGCUGGUGGUGGCAUGUAG